GUGCGCCUCGGGUUCUCUACCGCUGAAUAGAAAGAAAAGAAAAUAAAUUUAACGCCCGCUCUUGCUUUGGCCACCAUGCCUUCCCUUUUCUUCCUCAGCUGCUGCUUCUGCAGCCUGGCAGCUUGGCUGCUCUUGGCCACCCCCGCCCCCGGCAGCGGCGCUCCGGGCGUAGAGAAGGAAGUGGCGGCGGCGGCGGCCGAGGAAGAGACCGCGCUGCGGGUGCUGGUGCUGCUGCCCAAGGACGACGCGUACCUGUUCUCGCUGGCGCGGGUCAGGCCGGCCAUCGAGUACGCGGUGCGGAGCCUGGAGGCGAACGGCUCGCUCCUGCCGGCGGGCUACAAGUUCCGCCUUUUCUACAGCGACUCGGACUGCGGCAACCGGGCGCUCUUCAGCCUGGUGGAUAUGAUCGCCUUGAAGCGGGAGUGGCCCGACCUGCUGCUGGGGCCGGUGUGCGACUACGCCGCCGCGCCGGUAGCCCGGCUGGCUUCCCAUUGGAACCUGCCCAUGAUCUCGGCCGGCGCGCUGGCCGCGGGCUUCAGCCCCAAGACGGGCGAGUACUCGCACCUGACCCGAGUGUCUCCGGGCUACGCCAAGAUGGGCGAGAUGUUUCUGGCGCUCUUCCGCCACCGCAAGUGGAGCCGCGUCCUGCUGGUUUACCACGACGACAAGGAGCAGCGCAGCUGCUUCUUCGCCGCCGAGGGGGUCCACCUGGUCUUCCGCGAGGCCGGCUUGCAUCUGGACGACUUCGCCUUCGAAGAGAGCGGCAAGUACGCGGACGACGUGGUGCGCGCCAUCCAGGGCGGCGAGAGAGUUGUGAUCAUGUGUGCCAGCAGUGACGCAAUACGGAACAUCAUGUUGGCUGCACAUCGGCAAGGAAUGACUAGCGGAGAUCAUGCUUUCUUCAAUAUUGAACUUUUCAACAGUUCGUCAUAUGGUAAUGUAAUUUCUAUCUUCCACUGGCUUGCAAGAUUUUUCUAAACAUGCUAACAACUUUAGUGAUGGUGUCAGUUUUUAAGCAAGUCAUUGUAACCUUUCAAACAAACAUGUGAAUUAUGACAUUUGGCAAAAAACAAAAGUAAGCAAGCAGAUCCAUGGUUAAAUACAGUGGAAGUUAAUUUUGUUCAUGGUUGCUUCCCAUGCUGUUUUCAGAAAAUUGUGCUAUUCUGUAAAAUGGUUUACUUUGAGAAACAAUUGUUUGUCUGAAUUCUCUGUGAGUUCUUAUAGCUAAACCAGUCUGGUUGUAAGGUCC